GUCUGUGUGUAACAGCUUUCCAGGGACAUAACGAUGGAUUCCUUCGGGCGUGUGGAGUUCUUGCAGGCUCUAGCAGAGGGCUGUGUGCUGCCCACUGCCCAGCAGGGUUUAGAGCAGGUCUGGCAGCUUCUGCUCGUCUGCCUGCUGUGUCGGGUCAUCUGUAGACUAGGUGUCUCAUGUCAUGUGAAGCAUCUGAGCUCACUGGCGGGCGGCCUGUACGUGUUGUACACAUUCUUUGAGCUGCACAUGAUGUGGGUGAUUAUCCUGUGCCUGCUUUGCUACCUCAUCCUGCUCCUCAGCAUAAACUCCAGCAGCCGAGGAGUCUUCCUUUCUGUCGUCAUCCUUAUUUACAUGCUGAUGGGGGAGCUACACAUGAUAGACGCAGCGACCUGGCAUAAGAUGAGAGGAUCUCAGAUGGUGGUGGCCAUGAAGGCCAUCUCUCUGGCCUUUGACCUCGAUCGAGGCGCUGUGUCCUCUUUUCCCUCACCGCUGGAGUUCAUGGGAUACCUCUGCUUUGCGGGAACCAUUAUCUUUGGGCCAUGGAUCAGUUUCGCCAGCUACACAGAUGCAAUUAUUGGGUGCAAAAUG